AUGGAAUGUGAUGAAAAUUCGAAGCAUUUCGACUGGUCAAAACUUCCGGAAAAUGUUAAAAUCGCGAUUUUCGACCAUUUGAACAUUCGCUCAAAAAUCCACAUGCUAUUUUUAUCCGCCGAAACUUUCAAUCAACUAAUCUCCUUAAUUUUCCGCUCAAAAAAUGGAGGAAAAAUGCAACUCUCUUCACUUUAUUUCUUCCAAUCCACAUUUUACAUCGAUUUGAGUGUGAUUCUCAGCCAUACGUGGGAUUUGAAAUUGAGAAUCACGAAAAAAUCCGUGAAUUCAGUGGAUGUCUCGUUUUCAAAAGUGAAACUAUUGCCAAAAUACUGGAUGACAGAACAAAAACAUGUCGAGCAAUGGCGGACGGUUUUAAAGGGACAGUGUUGUGACGUGGCAUUUGAAUAUUAUUUGAAAUUUAUUGAAUUUGCUGAAGAUUUGAGUGUUUUAUGGAUUGAUUCAGUGAGUUUUUUGGAUUACGUGGCAGUUUUUUAAAAAUUGAAUUUUCCAGAAAUAUUUUCCCUUCGACAAAACGAAUAUAAAACAUUUAAAAUCAUUGAAUGAUAUAGAAGUUAAUGGAUAUUCGAAAGAUUUGGUGAAAUGUGGAUUUAUGGAUGUUUCACAAUUAUUUGAAGUGAAAAAACGUGUAAAAAUCCAUGGAAUCUACCUAAAACCUGAAGAAAUUUCGCGUUUAAAAGCUGGCAAAAUAUAUUUAUCAUCUCCGAAAUAUUCAUCAAAAGAUGUGAAUUUUUAUCUGAAUUUGCUGUUGCUGGCGAAGGAAAAUCGAGUUGGCUGGAAAAUUUUGGAGUUGGAAAAUCCCGAAGAAUUUGAUGAUGUUUCGAGUUGUUUCGGGGAUUUGCCGAUUAUUGAGAAUUAUGUGACGCAUUUUAAAUAUUUGGAAACUUUCAAUGAGUUGCUCGAAGUUUGUGUGAAGCCAAAUACUUUUUGGAUAAGGAAAGGAAAACAAAAUUAUUUGUAA